UUCUGAAUCCCAAGAAAAUUGUACCUUUGCUUGCUUGCAAAAUCAAAGCCCCAGUGAUAACAGCUUCUCAUGGUGCCCCUAAUGCUUCAAAUUCAAAAUGUUCCUUCCCUUCCUCUCUAUACUUCUCUGAUUGCGCUAGUUAUCCUAGUUCUAUAUUGGAGGAGAUUGAAAACCAGCCAUACCUCAAUACUUAGUCUACCGCCAGGUCCGCAGAAACUACCGGUUAUAGGAAACUUGCUUCAGUUGGUCGGCUCACUACCACAUCAUUCUCUAAGAGACUUGGCCAAGAAGUAUGGACCAAUCAUGCACCUCAAAGUGGGACAAGUAUCAGCCGUAGUGAUUUCAUCUCCGAAACUAGCUGAAGAGGUGUUGAGGACACAUGAGACUGCUUUCUCGCAACGCCCCACUGUUUUUGCUAUUGAGGUUUUGUCCUAUGAUCUUUCAAGUAUCCUCUUUUGUCCUAAUAAUGAUUAUUGGAGGCAAAUGCGCAAAAUUUGUGUGUCGGAGCUCCUAAGUACAAAGCGUGUGCAGUCUUUUGCAUCAAUAAGAGAAGAAGAGGCAUGGAAUCUUGUUGGAUCAGUUCAUUCCUCACCAUCACAGCCACAGCUAGUCAACCUCAGCGAGAUGAUUUUCUCCAUGCAAAACGGCAUCACUGCCCGGGCAGCCUUGGGGAAGAAGUGCAAACAUCAACAAGAAUUUACAUCAUUGAUCGAUGAAAUCAACCAGCUUGCAGGAGGCUUUGCAGUGCCGGAUUUGUUCCCUUCUCUCAAGUUCCUUCGUCAUGUCACACGUUUCAAGCCUGCCCUUGAGAAAAUACACGGAAAAAUGGACAGUAUGCUUGAUGAAAUCAUCAAUGAUCAUAAAGUGAAAAGAGAAUCAUCAGCUGGUGAUGAUCCUCUGCAAGAAGAUAUAGUUGAUGUGCUUUUACAACUUCAGGAGUCUAGUGAUCAGCUCCAGCUUGAUGUCAAAACCAAGCAUAUCAAAGCUAUCACCAUGGACAUGUAUACUUCUGGAAGUGAAACUUCAGCAACUACCACAGAAUGGGCAAUGGCAGAAUUAGUGAGAAAUCCAGGCGUAAUGGAGAAAGCACAAGCCGAGGUACGACAAAUUCUUGCAGGCAAGAGGAAAAUCCAUGAUGCAGACAUUAAGAAACUAGACUACCUGAAAUUGGUCGUAAAAGAAACUCUAAGGUUACACCCUCCUCUUGCCUUAAUCGCAAGACAAGCCACUCAGAGAUGUAAAAUUAGUGGAUAUGAUAUACCAUCUGAAACCAAACUCUUGGUCAAUGCUUGGGCCAUUGGGAGAGACCCAAAGCAUUGGGGGGAUAGUGCUGAUUGCUUUGAGCCUGAGAGGUUCCAAGGUUCUUCCAUUGAUUUCAAAGGGACCAACUUUGAAUUUAUUCCAUUUGGGGCUGGUAAGAGAAUGUGUCCAGGCAUAUCAUUUGGAACUGCAUCGGUUGAGAUUGCACUUGCUCAACUGUUGUACCACUUCAACUGGAAACUCCCCAAUGGGACAAAAUUAGAAGAGCUUGACAUGACUGAAUCAAUGGGAAUGAGCGCAAGGAAGAAGAAUGACUUAAAAGUUAUUGCCAUUCCUUACAUUCUGUAAUGAAACAAUUAGCUUCUCUUUAAAGUUUUUCCAAUUGCAUUUACUACUCAUAGUUUUAAGUUUUUAACGUAUGUCAUAUGUGCUUCUAACAAGGACGUCGUAUGCUUCGAAUAAUGUCUUUUUACAUGCAAGAGUAUGGUAAUUAAAUAGGUUGUAUUGUAGACAUUUGCAUCGAAUAAGAGUCAUUUAUGUUGGGAGAAAUUUUAUGUACCCUUGACCCUUGUAUUGUACCUCAA